CACGCGUGCAUCCCAGACUAAAACCCAUCUUUAAAAUAGUUGAAACAAAGAGACUGACAACUGAAACUUGCAUUACCGUUCUAUUCUUCACAACUCAACCCACAACCAACACCAUGGCUUCUAUGGACUCCAUCUUCGCCGCCUACAGACAGCGGCGAGCUGCCCUUGAAGCAAGCAACAAUCCCUACGCCGACGGCGUUGCCUGGAUCGCAGGCGAGCUCUCACCCCUGGCCGAGGCCCGCAUCCCCAUCAUCGACCAAGGCUUCCUGCACGGCGACAUGUGCUACGACGUUCCCUCCGUAUGGGACGGCAAGUUCUUCCGUCUCGACGACCACAUCAACCGCUUCGACGAAAGCUGCAAGAAAAUCCGCCUAAAACUACCGCUGCCAAAGGAAGACCUCAAGAGCAUCUUGUUCGACAUGGUCGCCAAGAGCGGCAUGCGAGACGCCUACGUCGAACUCAUCGUCACGCGGGGCUUCAAAGGCGUUCGAGGCUCCAAGCCAGACGAAAUCGUCAACAACCUGUACAUCAUCAUCCUGCCCUACGUCUGGCUCAUGAGCCCCGAAAUGCAGUACGGCGGAGGCAGCGCCAUCGUCGCCCGCACAGUUCGACGGACACCCCCCGGCGCAAUGGAUCCCACAAUCAAGAACCUGCAGUGGGGGGACAUGGUGCGCGGCAUGUACGAGGCCAGUGACCGAGGCGCCGACUAUCCAUUUCUCACCGAUGGCGAUUCCAAUCUGACUGAAGGAUCCGGAUACAACAUUGUCUUUGUCAAGAAUGGCGCAUUGUACACACCUGAUCGCGGUGUUUUGCACGGCAUCACUCGUAAGACGGUCAUGGAAGUUGCGCGAGCCAAUGGGAUCGAUGUCCAUGUUGAAGUGGUGCCUGUGGAGAUGGCGUAUACCUGUGAUGAGAUCUUCAUGUGCACAACGGCUGGUGGCAUCUUGCCGAUUACGGUUCUUGACGGCCAGCCCGUGAAAGAUGGCAAGGUUGGGCCAGUAACGAAGACUAUAUGGGAUGGCUACUGGGCAAUUCAUUCUAAUCCUCUAUAUAUCACGGAGGUUGAUUAUUCAAAAAGCUGAAUCGAUGUAUAAACAAUUUUGCUGCGAGUUUCUAUUAAAUAUUCCUUCAUACACUACCACUAUCAUCUGAG